GCGGCGCGCCGAAGUUUUGCGCGCGGAGACGCACGGCUCCCUCCGCGCGGCAGUCAGGCAAUGUCGUCCCGUCCGGUGUCCCUGGUGAAGCGGCGCCAGGGCGGCCUCGGUCUCGUGCUCGGACCGCCGCCUUCGGCCAACGCCAGCGUCGUGACGGGCAGCCCCCGGUGCAGCCCCAUGAACUCGCCGGCCAGGGCCCGCCGCGGUUCCCUGCAAGCCACCACCACGUGCGGCGCCGGAGCGAUGGGUGAAGCGGCCGGCGUGCGCGCCGUGGUGCACACCGUCGUGCCCGGCGGCGAAGCCGACCGCACGGGCCUCAUCCGGCCCGGUGACGUGGUGCUGCGCGUGAACGGAACGUGCCUGACGGGCUUCGAGCACGCCAACUGCCUGCUCGGACAGGUGCCCGACGACGCACCGGUGACGCUCGAGCUGGCCUGCAACGGGGACGCGUUCGGGUCGGCCUUCGCGCUUCCCGGCGAUGGCGACAACUCGGCGAAGAGGCCGCUCAUCGUCCGCAACGUCGAGACCGGCAAGAUGCUCGUCGACUCCCUGCACAAGAUAGCGAGGAACCCGCUUCCGUGUACGAGCACCAUCUGCCAGGGUUCGCUGAUGUGCGGCCCGGUGCGGCGUAACGGCAAGGAUCCUCGGUCCAAAGAAGAGGUGCUGCAGCACGCCAGGGAGUUCCUGGACCAGUUCUACACGAGCAUCAAGAGGUUCCACUCCAAGGCCCACGAGAAGCGCUGGGCGGAGGUGGAGCGCCAGGUACAAGCGCGGGGUACCUACGACCUCACCGAGACAGAGCUCGUGUUCGGAGCCAAGCUUGCCUGGAGGAAUUCGGCCAGAUGCAUUGGCAGGAUACAGUGGUCGAAGCUGCAAGUAUUCGACGCAAGACACUGCUACACUGCAAGGGACAUGUACGAAGCCAUCUGCGCUCAUCUCAAGUACAGCACGAACAAAGGAAACAUCAGGUCUGCCAUCAGCAUCUUCCCGCCGCGCACGGACGGCCACCAUGACUACAAGGUGUGGAACGCGCAGCUGAUCCAGUUCGCCGGACACAAGCAGCCCGACGGUAGCGUCAUCGGCGAUCCGGCCUCCGUAGAGCUGACAGAGAUAUGCAAGAAACUGGGCUGGAAACCCCAAGGAGGCCGCUUCGAGGCAUUGCCCCUGGUUCUUUCAGCCAAUGGCGAAGACCCGGAGAUAUUCGAGAUUCCCGAGGACCUCAUCAUGCGAGUCAAGAUUACGCACCCACUCUACAAGGCAAUUGACGAGAUGCAGCUCGAGUGGUACGCCGUGCCCGCCGUCGCUAGCAUGAUGCUCGACGUGGGCGGCGUAGAGUUCACCGCCUGCCCCUUCAACGGCUGGUACAUGGUCACCGAGAUAGCCGUCAGGGACUUCUGCGAUGCUCAUCGCUACAACCUGGCCGAGGAAGUCGCGACUCGAAUAGGCAUCGACACCAAAAGCAAUUCGAGCCUCUGGCGGGACCGGGCUGCCGUCGAGCUCAGCCUGGCUGUCAUGCACAGCUACCAGGCAACGAACGUCACCAUCGUGGACCACCACACGGCGUCGGACCAGUUCAUGAAGCACAUGGAGAAUGAAAACCGGCUGCGUGGAGGCUGCCCCGGAGACUGGGUGUGGAUCGUGCCACCGCUCAGCGGAAGCCUGACGCCCGUGUUUCACCAGGAGAUGCUUUACUACCACCUCAAGCCGAACUACGAGUACCAGACGCCUGCCUGGAAGAGCCACGUGUGGCAGAAGAAGGCGGACGACCAGCGACGGCAUUCCAGGAAGUUCCGCUUCAAGGACAUUGCCAGCGCCGUGAAGUUCACCUCAGCCAUGUAUGGCAAAGCCCUGGCAAAGCGCGUCAAGGCGAAGAUCCUGUACGCCACCGAGACGGGAAAGUCCGAGACCUACGCCCGUGUGCUAUGCGACAUCUUCCUGCACGGUUUCAACGCGUCGGUCGAGUGCAUGGAAGACUACGAUUUCGUCAACCUGGAAUUCGAGCCCCUGCUGCUUGUGAUUUCGAGUACUUUUGGCAAUGGCGAACCGCCCGAGAACGGAGAGGUCUUCGCUCGAAACCUACAAGUCAUGAAGAGCUGCAGCCCCUUCGGACCGGAGGGUACGACUCCGAGGACGACGUCAAUGUCCUUCGUGCGGAAAAACAGCGUCAAUGCCUCCGAGAAUGACGUCGGUUCUCCGCCGCCACCCCACGAGGCGUCGGACCUUGGACCCCUCAGCAACGUCAGGUUUGCCGUGUUCGGACUGGGCUCCAGCGCGUACCCCAACUUCUGCGCGUACGGCAAGUACGUGGACAAGAUCCUGGGAGACCUGGGCGGGGAGCGCAUCUGCAAGUUGGCCACCGGAGACGAGCUGCGCGGGCAAGAACAAUCCUUCCGAGUUUGGGCCAAGACUGUCUUCGAGCAAGCGUGCGAUGUGUUCUGCGUGGGCGACGACAUCGGGCCCAUUGAGAUGACACCCUCGAUGGAGGAGAACAUCGCCUGGUCGCCGGACAAGGUGCGCCUUUUCCAGAAGGCCGCCGACAAGAACCCGCCCCUGGGCUUCGGUCUGUCAAAGGGUUCCAGUCGAAAAGUCGUCGCGAGCAGGCUGGUGUCCAGGAAAGUUCUGCAGUGGGACAAGGAAGACGACAAGAAGACCAUCAUGGUGGUGCUCGAGGCAAGCGGCGACAGCGAGCUGAAAUACGCGCCGGGCGACCACAUCGGCAUCUACGCUGUCAACCGGGACGACAUCGUCAACGGCAUCGUGGAGCGCCUCGCGCCUGGAUCGGCAGAUCCGGACGCUGUCUUCAGGGUCCAGUACCGGGACAUCGUCCAGAAUCCAAUCACGGGCGAGCAGAAAGAGACGUGGCAAGACAACGGCCGCCUGCCUCCGUGCUCGCUGCGCGUGGCUCUGCGCCGCUACCUGGACAUCACGACGCCGGCAUCGCAAGAGCUGCUCAAGUACCUGGCCGCCAUGGCAUCGGACGAGGGCCAACAGGAGCAGCUGCAGACGCUCGCAACGAAUCUGGAGAAGUACGAGGACUGGAAGGCACACAAGUUCCCGCACCUGCUGGACCUGCUCGAUGAGUUUCACUCGGUGCAGCCGACGCCCGAGCUACUGCUGUGCAUGCUGCCUCUGAUCCAACCGCGCUUCUACUCCAUCAGCUCGGCGCCAGAGGCCUAUCCGGGCCAGAUACACCUCACCGUGGCCGUGGUCACGUACCGGACAGAAAAUGGCACAGGCAAAAAACACUACGGUGUGUGCUCCUCGUUUCUGGACACCAUUGAACCAGGAGAGGAGAUUGCUUGCUUCGUCAGAAUCGCGCCGAACUUCCACCUGCCAGAACAGAAGAACGUUCCCGUGGUGCUCGUCGGACCGGGGACAGGCAUCGCCCCCUACAGGAGCUUUUGGCAACGACGCUAUUGUUCUAUGCAGGGUGUCUACCAAGAAGGACAACCGUUCUACGAAGGCCAGAUGGAUCUCUACUUCGGAUGCCGCACAAAGGAAUCGCAGCUAUACGCUGAGGAAGUGCAAACAAUGAAGGACGCGGGCGCACUGCGGAACGUCUUUCUCGCCUUCUCCAGGGUUCCAGGCCAGGAAAAGUGCUACGUCCAAGAUCGGCUGCACGAAAGGGCCGAGGAGCUGUACAAGCUGCUCACGAAAGACAACGGCCACCUGUACGUCUGCGGCGACGUCAUCAUGGCCGACGGUGUCAACAAGGCGGUGCGUGCCAUCCUGCGAGACCAAGGAAACAUCUCGGAGGAGAAGGCUGAAACGCUCAUGGACAAGCUCAGGGAGGAGAACCGCAUCCACGAGGACAUCUUCGGCGUCACCCUGCGCACCGAGGAAGCAACGAGAAAAAGUCGGGAGGACGCCAAGCGGAGGAGCACCCACAAGUGACACCCGCUGGCCGGCCUGCCCGACUCCUUUGGCUCGCUCACUUUCUCCAGGAUCAGGGCCCUCCUCACCAACUGCACUUCGCCGGGACACGCGAAAUGACGACACCUGUCACCGCCGCCACCGGUGGGGGCGGGACUAGUGUGCGCAACCUCUUUCCUCCCUGUCCUCCUUCCAUUCCGCGCUUCCCCGUGUUGCGCUAAACGUGCCGAUUGUCCCGACGGUGCAACCUUGUCCUGCAGCCGACUGAUUCUUUUUAUGGUGACAGUCUCUAUUCAGGACACGUGAUGCUCGAACGCGCUUGACUCUUUUUUGUUUUUUUUUUUGCACAGUUGUAGCAUCGCUUCCGCGGAUGAUUGACCCAGCGAUACGUGAACACGGGGCUCCGGGACACGGAGCCACAUCUGCCGGAAACGCGUUUACCCGUAAUUUUGUUUCGCAGUUGUCACCGUUACAUGCGGUUCCGCUUGCUUCCAUGCAGACAGUGAUGCAUCGAAAUUACAGUUCUAAAAUAAAUUUAUUCAACAGACGCUCACAAGAUAUCGCCGACACCUGGGAGGCUCGCGGCAAUGUCUUUUCCUGGCCGAGACACGGUGAAAGUAUAACACCCGUAGGUCUGAUUAGACCGUCUUCACUGCAAUUACUCGUUUGUUGCGACGGCGAAACGCCCAGUCGACACCUCACUUGAAUAGAAGGGAAGGACAGUCAAUGGAAUAUCAUGGUUGCAGAAAUUUUCGUACUGCUGAUUGCAAUGACAGUCCAUUACAAUGCAACGUUAUCAGUAAUAACACGUAUGGCGUGUGUUAUUUGGUCGUCUACAGGAUAUAGUUGCACCGUCCGAGCAGUCGUACGUGGUGUAGCGUGAUUCUAGCAUGUUCCCAAUCUUUCCGUACCCGCGAUCUGCUCAAGAACACCUAGAGCACAUCGAGCAUGUACUCAUCACUAUACUAUGUCAUGUGGUAAACACGCACCGUCACGCACGCAACGACGUGCGUAACAGUGUGUGUCGUGUGUAAUACACUGUCAUGUUUCGCCCACGUAUACUUACGCAGAAGGAAACCCAGGGCACAGGGAUCCACAGGGUUAUGUUCGCACGGUGCGUAGAUACGCGCUGUUGCCUUAACCUCAAGAAGGGAAAGCUGAUGUAUAGCGAUAUGCUUAGCAAUGAUCCAACCCAUCAAACCCGCUGUCUCCGAGAUCAGUGUUUGUAUUAUACACACAACCAACACGGCAAGAGUUGCAGCUCGUCUUUUUGGUGUAUUCGGGUCCCGCUCAUCUGGAGCGAACUUUCCAAGUCUGAUGCGCUGGCCAAGUCGGUCACAAGUCCGUGUACCGCCGCAUACUGCUCAUUGAUAAGUAAGAUUUUCUUUUUCUUUUUCGUCUUCUUCCUUUUCGGUAGAUAUGUGUACAUAUGGGCGCUAACCGGAAGCGGACAAAGUAACCGCCACUGUGCAAGAGCUCCGAUUCAGUGCGAGCCACUGAGUGGCCUAUUCUGAAGCGUUAUCCUGCUGAACAAAAGACGGCAACCACUGCAUCUCAACUUCAAAGAGCGCACAACAUAAUCUACGUGCUUGGACGCCCUCAGUACCGGCGUGCAUGCAAAUGAGCAUCGGCACGCUAAACUGGACUUGGUAGUCGUAGUACAACACGUUUAUUCGAGAAACGAAUGGUCUUUCUACGUCGAUUCGGGAAAUCGCGUAAGUUUACUUCCGCAAAAUAAAACUUUGUAAGUCAACUAACACAAAAGGUUCACAAAGGCACCAGGUUAAAACUAGUCUCCGUGUUUUUUCCCAUGCAUUUAGUAAUUGUGCAGUGGCAUGCGUGCAUAAGUGCGACAUAAAGCUGUACGUGAAUAUUUUCUUCCUCUCUAAACCUUUGGCUGGAGGAAAGGUCUAAAGCAACGACUCGCAGCUCCGAGUACACUUUAUCACCUUGUCAGUGCCACUUGAUCUACCCGUCUUGGUUUUACCAGGACGCGUUGCGCACGGCUCGGCAACCGUUGUGCCAACAAACGCUAACACGCGCGUUCAAAGCUUAUUAAGAGACCAAUGUGUCAGCCUAUGUUUUACCAUGUCUGGUCAUCUACGCCAGUCCUUCUCUGAAUACUUCACAUUUCGUAGUGCUACUGUGAAGGAUGCGCUUAUACAGUAUUUCGUCUUCAACCGUUCCCCGUUAAAAUUAAAACAUACAGUUUCAGAACAUAAAAGCAAAACAAAUGUUUUUAUCUUUCUACACGCUAAUAAUAUUCAGUCCUUGUGGGACCGAUCCCAAGAAAAUACCAUAUGGUACCGAGUUAACUAUGUUUCGAAUGAAAAAAAAAAAGAACACUCCACAAUUUACAAAAUACCUGAGCUUCAGUGGAGACUGUAGCGCCCAGUUGGAAAUUUUUUGCACUUGUACCACAACCACAGCUCAAGAAAUCUCAAACAUUGCUGUGCCAGCUUGCUCUAUCUCUUUCCAUACUUAUUUGUAGUUGCUAAAAUGCAUUUGUGCGCAGUAUUGUACAAGAAAAAUUAACGGUACUCCGCAACGGAAACCAACCAAGUCAUCAUGUCUCCGAAGCAUUAGACAAAGACUGCGUGCCCUAAGCCUUAGAACCGCAUCCAAGAACAAAGCGGCCGUGUGAGCUCAUUUAUACGGAAAUAUGUGAGACAGCGCCUACAACGCAGCUACAUAAAGCCUGCAAUAGCGAUCGCGCAUGACGUGCUCGAGUGUGCGCCUGCCAAUAGGUCGCAGAUUGCGACCAUGCCGGCUGCACUGAAUGCUGGGGCUUAUGAACGCACACUCUCAUUUAUCAUAAGCCACAGACCACGUGCUUCGCCUGCGCACCGCACCCGAACCCAACAUGCUCGUUCAUGGCCUUGGCCCCGUUAUCUCUUGCGAGUGCGGAUCCGCGUUCCUCAGUCACUUAUCUACAAGGAGCACUUUGCACGUCAGGGAGAGAUUGUGAGGCAGCGGUAUGUCAACAACGAGAGUUGAUAAUGAGAAGGCGAAAGGAAAAACGUUAUCUGCCUCAAAACAGAAGAAGUAGAAGAAGAAGCAGAAGAAGCCCGAGUUCCCGUGUCGCAGCUACGUCAUGCGUCGUUCGUCAUCUGUCUUAGCGUGAGCGUUGCGAUUCACGUGAUCUGAAGUUGCGUAGUAAAGUCACCCUAGGGCGGCAACGUCUCAGGGUCUUUUCCGGCAUCCCUAACGAUUUAGCCGUGAGGCUAGAGGAAACCUUGAAUUCAUUGUGUGGGGUGAUCCGGGUAUUCUGGAAACCUCAGCCCGCAGGAGAAAAGUCUCAUCAGAAUAUUGGUUCCAGUCAUUUCGUCUGCUGCAAAUACUUGCUUAGAAUAUUUCAUGGACACGUAUGGCGUGUGUUAUUUGUCCGUCUACAGGAUAUAGUUGCACCGUCCAUGCGUGACCACGUGAUAGCUGCCGGAGGCGGUAGCUGACAGUCGGACGACUACACACUCAAGUUUGUCCGUGCAAGAAAGCUUGUACCGCAACGCGCAAAGGGAACCACAAAGAGGUGGACAGGUUACAUGAACCAAAUUCAAUUCGUGAUCAAAUCUGAAAGCUCCGCGACGUUUUGUUUCGAGGAAAAGCCAAACGACACACGUGGUCGAAAGAGCGCGUCAGUAAUGUCCUGGGUAUACGUUUAGCUCCGGCUUCACGCCGACAGUAGUAUUCUCAGUGCAGUUCUAAGUGCCACAGCUUACAAGAACCUGUAGGUACGCCAAAUGGGCAUCUGAAAGUUCGAGGUUCCUAUCAAAGGAUAUAUGCCAGAAUGAAGUGCCACACUAAUUUGCCACCGUUUCGACAUAAGCAUUUGAAUUUUGUCCUUGCGUGCACGGGGUUGCAGUCGAUGACGAAGAAAAGUUAUUUCUUCAAAGCGUCGGCACACUCUGGAGCACUCGUUCGGUUUGAGCUCUCCGUUCUACCGUUUACUGACGACGUCGCCCGCGACACCGUUGUCACUGCGUCGAGGUUAAGAUCCACCGAGUGCAAGUGGGUCACGAAAGCGCUUACAUGCAUGUCUCAACGGCCGGACAGCCCCAGUUGAGUCCCGGUUAAUACGCCCAGAGUUCUCUCGCAAAGGCAGGCCAAUGUGAGGACGACCCGGACGUAUCUAGACCGGCCUUUCUGUCUUCGCUUCGCUUCGUCGCCGUUAUACUGUUUGUUUCGUCGGUCGCAACCCGUACGCACACACCGCGUCCUCAGAGAUGCAAAGGCUAAUAACGGAUGCAAAAAAAAAAAAAAACAGAGAAGACCCCUGAGGCGCUCGACGGAGGGGGUGGGUGGGGCGCACGCACUACAAUGCCUGUCGUGUUUAGACGAGCGCCUUGACACGCUGCUCGCGCAACGGCCUUCGAGGCCCUAAUUGUGACGUCCCGAGACAAUUCAGGCGCGACGCACGCUUCUUUUAUCACGCGACUAAAGCUCUCUGCGCGCACGCCCCUACAUACCCACGUGACCGCAUGUACACCAUACGGAGCAGCCUGCUGCGCUAAUGCGCACUAUACCGUAUACACAUGUGCUCCCGUUUUUUUUUUUCUUGUUUUUUCUACAUGUGCCAGUGCCUAUCCCUCCAUGUCCACUUCCCCGCGUGUAUACUUCUCAAGCCCACGCCGCCCGCCUCUGUGUAAGCUCUGUGUCAGCCGCCGAGUCCGAGGGCACGUUGUUAACCGUAGCGCGCAAGCGUCGUGCUUUCUGCAAUCCAAUUGCCGCGCACCCCGUGUAUAAACGUCGCUUGUAUAAAGCGUUUUCCCCCCCUCCUUUUCUCCCGCUUGCUCGAAAGCGGCAGCCUUUGCCGUCGCCGGUUUAAAAGAGCCACGUUCGUUUCGCAACGUUGUGAGGAGCUUUGCGUGUGCCUGUGUAACGGUUGCCCAGGAGAUAAAGUGAAAGAAGGAGACAUGGAGAGAGGGAAAUAAAUAGAGAGAGAGAGAGUUGUUAUAGUUUUUUGUGCUCCGUUCAGAGGUGCAGCAUUUUACAGAGCAUUUAUGUGUACAAAAGAGUUUCGCUCGAUGUCUCACCCGCGAUGCGCAUAGCCCCUGUCCUCCCUCAACCCUUUCAGCCCAAGCGUUUGCUUAAAUGUUUCUUCGAGAUAACGUUCGCACCUUCUCGUGUUUCAUGCAGGAGGCUCUGCUGAAUGAAGCGCUGACGUCACUGCUUUGGUGUAGAGAGUCUGCCUACCACUGUCGCUUAUUGGUGAAAGUAUUUCUGCUUAUUGCGUCACCUCUGGCAGAAACUGGGUUAGGACUAAGAAUGUCAAAUGAAUCUUUCAUGCGGCUACACAGCGUUGCAUCUGAGGUAAUCAAUUAGUGUCUUGUUGCAAGGUGAUAAUAUGGGGGUAAUCAGGAUGGGUUAUCGUUGAUAGUGAAGGAAGAAGGCGCCUGUCAUUGUUAUAGCUCCCGGCCAUCUCACGGAUAUCAUGGUGUUAGAAUUCUUAGCGUUCUAAUUCAUGAUGCUUAAGUCGGAGAUAACGGAGUGUUUGAGGUUGUAAGCUGCUUUUAGCAUGGAAGGAGGCUGCGAUGCGAGAUACAGGACAUCUACGCGCGAAACGGUGGCGUCCGUGCAGCACUAAAGAGGUGAACUACGGGUGAGAGUAUUUUUGAUCGUUCUUUGUGCAUCCUUUCGUCAUUGCAGAUCUGUGCGGAGGAAAAAAUAGAAAGAAAGAAACAAGAGAGAUAUAGGUGGAGAGUUCAGAGACCCUAUCGUGCGCAAGUGAGCGUUCCAGCAUUUUUUUUUUCGUAUUCUUCAAUGUGCGACUACCAGUGUGUAACUAUCUGAGCGUGCUAUCAUGACCAUCUAGAGGUUUCCCCCCAGUCUUGUGUUUUCUGGCGAGUGCUUUUUUCCGAGACUCAAUAGCAUUUGAGGCUGCUGCCAUUAUAUACCUCCGCCACUGUUCUACACUAUAUCUCUGCCAGUCACUUCUAGCGCCGCCUGCGCGCUGUAUUCUCCAGGCAUUUGUAUAUAGCGGAACUAUCUAACUGAGGUUGCCGAGCUCCACAAGUUUGCCAGAAAAUAACGCAAGGCAUAUAACGCGUGAAAUGCUCCUAUACUGUGACCAUGACCGUGCACUUCAAGAAUCAUGAAAGUGCUAGCAAUCCUCGAACUGCGUGACCCACGCUAAGCGGCAGCCCACGUGCUUGAUCCGAAUAGAGGGCAUGCUCCGGAGCUGGAGCACGAUAACUGUCCACGAUACGGUGAAAUGCGAGACACGCUGUUAAUCUUGAAAAAGGAGUUGCUGGCGCUUUCCUAAUUCUCAAGAGUGCAGAGCGUCAAUUCCCCGGCCUUCGGGCACAAAUGUCGACCUCGUCGUAACUGCGAGGUUUUCCAGCUCAAAUACCUUCUAUUUCUCCGCAUCUUCCGACGCAUCAGUGCUGCCAAAUAGUCAGCUUCCUUCAUUUCAUUUUAAUCUUAAUUUAAGCGUUUGAUAGCUCGCUAGCCUGAAAGGUCUUAUUUUUCUUCCUCCGUUCAAGGGGGGAAUCAAUGCUGCUACUUCUACAUAACUGUUUUCGCAUCAUGCAGGCGGUUAGUGGUAGCUUGCAGCUCGUUUUAAUGCUGAAAGGUAAUUCAUUCGAACUGCUUGGAACAUUCAGACGCUAGCUUCUCGUUUAUAGAAAAUUAUUAUUGACAACGAAGUGAUUUGGUAAAAAAUUACAACUGGGGCGCAGCUCGAACGCACCAGGAGACAGGCGAAGAAAAUUCAGUGCGUCUUCUCUCGGUUUCCUUUAGAACUAAUGCGUUUGAGCGCCGUCCAUGUUAAGAUUUAGCAGCUGUGUGCUGCUCUCCCACUCUGCGCACGAUGUCGUAAGCGGCAACCACAUGAAGCGCCUAUUCAGCGCAUUGUCGGCGUCGCGCGGCGUCGGCGCGUUCAUAUCGAAUUGCGCGGUGACUAUACAGCGUUAGUUCAUGUGGUUAUCGAAUAACUUUUCUACCGCGAGGUGCGCGUUCGGACCUAUUUUAAAACCACUGCGGUCAUCACUCAUUCCGAAAUGCACGCGACGGUGCCGGGCAAUGGGACGUCAAAAAUACGGAGCGCACGCGCUUCAUGCGGUUGGCGUCUCAAGCAUCAAAAUUAUGUGCGUAAAAACCAUUCGACCACCCGUACGACUUGUCGUAGUCGCAAGACAUCCAACAAUAUUCUAACAUGUUUUUUUUUUUUUUUUUUUUUUUUACAGUCCUAGACAAGUUUCCAAACCGCGGACAGCAAUUUUUCCAAUGUGUCGUUCGGUAUAUAGAUCGGACCCUUUUGACGUGCAUAUGUUUGCCACCUUAUAUAUAAUAUACUGCGCUCAAGGAUGACAGAUCAAAUAUGCGUUCCUAUAUUGGCGCACGACCUUCUGGGCCAAUUGUGGGAAAGCUACAGAGGCGGAGCUUCUGCACGUGUGUUACUGGGCAAAGUAGUCCAGCAGUCUGACAUAACUUUUGGUUUAUAGGAAUAGAUACUGAAUCAGCGUAACUGCCACGGUUUCUCAUUUGCCCAAACACGGAAGAGAAGACCAGAAAAAUGUAUUAAGUUUAACAUUCAGUGGUCUAUAUUGUCUUAUUUUGUUGUUGUAAGUAGGAUGCUUAUGUUUUCUGUGUCCCCAGCUGGAAACUAACGCGGGUGACAAUGUGGGACUUUUCUCAGGAGUGCUCUUCCUUACGUAGCCUUUCAUUCAGUGCCACAGAAACCCCUCCCCGAGUAUAGCCCUAACAAUACUUUUAUUUACUGUCAUUGUUACUAUCGCUCUUUUUUUUUUUAAUUCCUGCUUGCUGCCUGGAAACCUAUAUAUACCGGUUUGCUUCCGUUCGUGCUAUAUUGUGGCAUGCUAUGCAGUUAGCCUACAGGAACACUAGUUGCUUCAAUAUGGUUGGGAACAUGGCGUCGAAGAGUAGGUGUGAUGAAUAAGUGCGCCGACCGAACGCCCAGUUAAUUCGUUUUCGCGUCAUCCAGCUCGGCUGUUUGUGUUUGUACAAAAUUACGUUAUUGCUAUCGAGUAUAGCCAAGAGCGAAUCAUUGCGAAAUUUUCACGGCAGUAGUGUUGUUUCAUUGGGCCCAUAGUAGGACUCAUGUACUUUGCUUAUUCCGGGGUCUUGUAAUAUCUAUCAUUUGAUCUUUAACAGAAGCACGUCUUGUUGCCAAUAACGAACAUAAAAACGAAAGUACUCUUCUGAUAACCGAUUUUUUAAGCUGAAGAAAUGAAGUGGUAGGCUGGCAAUUUCGCUUAUGUGAGAUUAAUGUGACCUUCUCUUUUGGACUUCAAAUGCACCCACAGCAAGAGCAUAUUCACUCUUGUUUUUUACGUUUAUCGUGGAGCGAAGAUAUGACGUGGCAACAGUUACCUUCAUCUUUCGUUACAGACUCGCAAUGUUCCGUUGGCCGUAUGCACUAUUUAUCGUCAUUUCCUUACGCUAAAACAUUCUUCAUUUUUUCUACUGUGUUAUUUAUUAUAUUUCAAAACAUAAAUGCAGUGACCUUUUAUAUUGAAAUGGGACGUAGAUAAGGAGAGAAGAUUGCCAUGUUAAGCAAUGCUACAGGGAAAUUUCAUUUUCUUUUUCUCUGAAAAGUUAUUAAGUGUCAUUUUUGAUUCCUUUUUCAACUCGUGCACGUUUGCAAAUAUAAUCUUUAACUUGAUCUGCCUCAGAGUCAGUUUGAGAGUAUACUGGGGCGUAAAACUUGAAGAGGGAAACAACGACUGCGAUAUUUUCAGAAGCAGUCACACAAGUAUCCUACGUGCUUUGUUAGCGACAUUUCUACUUAAUUUUCUUUCUUGUUCUACUGCGCAGUCUGCAGCUUAUUGAGGAAUACUUAGCUUUCCGGGUAAAUAGACUAAAUUUAAGUGCCUUUCUCUACUUAACCUAGCAUAUUUAGUGAGCUGUUAAAGCCAUAUCAAAGGCAUUUACGGAGGCAGCUUCUGCUUCAGCUUUGUUACAUAGUCUACGUUGCUGUUGCUAGCUUUAGACAUGAAAGAAAAGUCCGCUCUUGACGAGACCUCAAGCUGUAUAUCUUAAUCUGUUUUGUUGCUUUCUUUAAACAUUGUGUUUAGGUUGUACUGGGACGUAUCUUGGCAAAUGUUUACCAUGCUAAUAUUUCCAUAAUUUUAGAAGCAGACGACCAGCUGUAUAUCUGAAUCGGUUUUUCUUGGCUUGCUAUUUUUUUUUAUGCGGUACUGUCUGGUACGCAAGGGAUAUUUAGCUCGGCAGAUGUUUUUACCAAACUAAACUUUCCAACUUUCACGAAAUAGACUACGAACUGUAUAUCUAAAUCUAUUUCGUUGCUUUGUUUGCUUUUUGCUUAUGCUGUAAAGUUGGGCAUGCAAGGGACAUUGAGCUCGGCAAGAGUUUUAACAUGCUAAACUUUCCAACGUUUUCGAAGCAGACGGCAAAAAUAAGAAAGCCGACCAGUCCCAGUGCCUGAACACAUGUGCACAACCGCACGUCAUGAUGACCGAAAAAGAAAACAAAACUAAUAAAUACGUUUGCCCGUAGACAUCGACACUUGCGACCUGUUAACUGCGUCUUAUUGCCAAGGAUGUCAACAUGCAUGACAAGGGAGAGAAUAAUGUCCAUAUUUGAUCACAUCUAUUUGCAGUUUUCUUCUUUUUUUACUUUUAUUUUUGUUUUUCUAAUACUUCGGUGCUAAUCCUUUCUUAGGUGGUCACACUACGCUGGAUUUUACAGUCUCGAACAUUCAGGAAAACAAGCGAGUAUAUACGUGACGUCACAUACGCCAUAUUGUUGUCCUAUUCACAGCUUCCACUGUGCUGCUGCUAGAGAUACGGGAAUCGAGACAGCGCCUCACUUUUCGCAGUGCUGCAGCUGUACAACAAACAACACGGUGGCCUCGAUGACGUCAGUGUAUAUGCAUAACGCCUUAUAUUCACCCGUUUGUUCGUUGCCAGCACGUUGCAUCUUUAGAUUCUGCUGCACCUCUUCGGACCCUGUAGGCACGCCUAUACUUUUCGGACUGAUACGCUCAGCCAAUCUGGACAUUAACAAAUGUGUCACAAAUGUUAGUUAUGCUUUUCUUUUUGACCUUGCCGUGGAAAAAACUUGCAGUUUCUUUAUUCCAGAAAAUUUUCAAGCAUUGCUUUCUUUUUUACUUCUUUGUUGCAGCAGCCAUUUUGACUGAAAUGACUUGAAGUGCACCGAAAGGAUUUGAAAAGAUUUAAUCGAACAUGGACGCAAUUCCUCAAGAAAAUUUAUUUCUUUCGCUUGAGCGAACGGCCUCCUCUACAACGGGCAGUUGCAUCUCACUGUGAUCUGUAGAAAUCUGUGAAGCUUGUUGAUUGUUCACGGGGUUUCCAUAUUGUAAGGUUCUCGAACAAGUUGAAACAGCCGUCAAACGCACAUUGAACGCUUGAAGUUCGUCGAAGUUUAGUUGUUUAAAUGUUAUUUUUUGUUAAAUUUUCGUGUUGCUUCGUUGUUGUGAAACUUGUUACGCGGUAUCCAUCAUUGAUUGAUGAAGGCUGAUACCUCUUUCCAGAAACGCAUUUCCACGAACGCAGAAGACAUACACAUUUCAUGUUUGGUCCGGCGUCAGUAUUCUGUCUCAAUGCAGAAGCAUGACACUUAUUUUCACGAGCAUGUUUCAAGCCUUGUAAUUGAGUUUAUGUGAUGAGCUUGUACUGUUUUGCAUUUUUCGGAAAACGUCUAUUGUAAACUACUAUUCAGCCACACUUUCUUUUUUUAACUACAUUUAUUCAUUAUUAUUUUUUUUUUUUGAAGCCCACGGCGUGUUUACAAAACAGCCUUUAUUAACUUUCGUCAAGCUCACUAUGGACCUGCACCCCGGCGUGGUGAAGUCUUAUUAACAAGUGUAUUGAGCAUUGCGUGUAAUAAACUUGCCGACAUGUGAAGUUAAUCUAAUAGCGGCUGUUUCCCGUUAAUAGACCUCCAUUUCUGAUGCCCGGAUCAUUAAAUGUGAUGCCAGGCUCAUGCUUUUUUUUCUCGAAGUGAUGUUGCUACGCCUUUCAGGGAGCGGCUAAAUAACGCAUCUUCUGUGUACGCUUUGUUUUAUUGCUUGUUCCCAUUUGCUUUAUUCAAGGGACACCAAAGGCAAAUGGCAAGGGAUACUAUAGACUGGUCAACUGCCUUCUUGAAAUCUGCUGGCAAUGCUUGUCGGCGACAAAAGAGGAAGUUGGCCGAUUAGCGAAAAAAAAAAUAAGAGCGAACUUUCUUCUUCCGAUUGCUCGUCUAUGUUGUAAUAACGUUUACGCGAACGUUUAACGUUACGGAUUUAGCGAUAGUCUCUUGGAGAUAUUAUUUCUUGCUUUUCUUCAAUAAAGCCCCAUAUAAAUGCCAACAGGCAGGUUAAAGAAAAAUAAAUAUCGAGCGUACAGUGGUGCUGCUAUUUUUCUGAUAUCGAGUAUUCGACUAGUCCCUUGCCGUGUUCAUAACCUGUGACGUCACAGAAAUCUGUUCAUCUUGAAUCUGACUGCAGCGUGAAGACCCGUCUUUCGCUUUUACAUCGUCUUUCUCUUACGCUGACCGUCUCCUCAGGGCAAACAGGCCACAUAUGCUCUAUUUCAUAAAAGCGUAAUCUGCCAGCCUUACUUCUUGGCUUCAUAUUCACCUUCGGCGAAUAUGAAGGAAGUGAGCAUGGAAGUGAAGGCCGGGAGUCACAACAUCACGUCAGAUAUACAGCUUGAUAAAAACAGGGGACGCAUUCACGAGCUACCGCUUUCGCAGGUACUUUCGUUUUUGGGCCUGACUUAACGUACACCGCGACGCCUCGCCACAGUGGACGGGUAGCGUUGUGUCAUUCGACUAGAAAACUAAUUAUGGGACAUGAAAAUAAAACUGAUGAGAGAUCUGCCCUUGCUUUAUUUAAUGCCCCCUUCUGGCUGGUUUCGUCAACUCUCACUGAAAAUCGUGCUCUUUAAAGUUAUCUAUGUGGAGUAGGUGGUGUGCAAAAACGGGCGGCGUUGACUUGUUUCCUGCUCUUAUAAUCGCUUCCGGCGCAUAGCAUCGGUCAAAGCUUAGUCUUCGAGAUCGGGUGCUGUUACGCGAGAGGUAGCCGUCGCUCGGGCUUCGAUUUGUACUCCACCAAUACGAGGGGAGCCGGACCGUCGCAACUCUGCUCGGGCCGCGAUGUGUGAAAAUUAGAAGGGGGGUGGGGCAGUUCUACAACAGCAAAUUUUACUGGGAGAACACGACUAUUUUGAAACGUUGGAGAGCUCACUUUAGUCUCGGAGACCGCAUAUGAUCAGCCGCCUUCGAGAAAGGAGCCGACGUGAGAACGCCGGUCUCGGAGGCAACUCCCAAGAAGAGCGUGAACCUUCCCGGAGAUGAGUGUUCGAACGCUUGAAUUGAAACUGAUCACGCGUUCUGCCCAUAACACUCACGACAGGUGGUAAACGAAUUAGUGGGACGGGCGUAACAUUCGCUACAUGUGGCUCCACAUGAGAGCGUCACUGGCCACGUGAAACCAACGUAUUCGGGACCCCUGCUAUCCGUCGCUGCCAUUUCUUUCAGGCAUAAGCCACGGGAGAACGAGACAGGCAGCCUAGGCAGAAUGGUACACGCAACGCCCCACUGCAAGCUCCCUUUUGUGAUCUGAAAACGGAGCUGUUCAUGCAGGAUGCAGUACAUGUAACGCGACCGUAAUUGAUGAACGGCUACUCGACAUGUUCGCUUCAUGCGGUCCUCUCGCGAGACGUCUCGAUGAAGGGGGGAGAUUGAUCGAUGAGGUAAGGAUAAUAUAUAACUGGAGCAUGCGAGCGUCGUGAGAGCUUUGCGCCCGUUUUGUUGUCAUUCAAAGAAAUGCGAUAUUAGGACGUGACUGCGCAGCGAUGCUCUUAAACAGAAACUGCUGCAUAAGUGAGCUCUAUUUUCCGAUCAAUCAGUGGUUAGGAGUGUCGUUUUCUGCGUGCCUAGCUACGUUUCCCGGGACGUAGACUUCUAACGCUUUAUCCCCGAAAAAGAUGAAACAGCCUGCCCCUUAUUGAUAAAAUAAAGAAGAGAAACAAUAAUUUUAGACUUAUAUAUAGAGGCUCCUUUUUUUUUUUUUUCGAAAGCCUAUCUCAACUUCUUUGCAACGAAAAUUGUGAUUACUAUUAUCAAAACAAAUGAAGGCCAAAUUUUGCUUACUGAAUCUCGCGAUCUAUCGCGGUGCCGGUGACGUCAGUGCGACGCCGCGGUCUUUAUUGUGAGCUCGCAUAUUUUCGGCCUUUCCGCGCAGAAAAAUGUUUCCGAAAUUUGUUAGGUUGAGUGCGUGGGGGGCGUACUUUCGAACCCAGUGUGACCCUUCUUCGUUUAUAAGCGCUUGACUGACGCCUACUCGACUCUCUUAAAAGUCAUGACGUCACAAUGAGGUGGUGAGGGAAUUCCAACAUGGUGGCGCCACCCACCUUACGAUUCUGCGCCUGUUUCUGGUUUAUAAAGACAAUCUGACCACGAUAGGAGUUGCCUAUUUGGUGUCCCGUUAAGUGUAUAAGUCUACCAGUCUAUAGCCUAGCCCAUAUAUUUUCCUUCGGUGUCUCUUUGAUGACGGUGUUGCCAAGUGGUGCAUCGGCUUACCUCAGUGUUGCGCAGGUGGUCGCUACGAGACACGUUUGUUGAGACGUUGGCCUUUGAACCUUCUUCCCUUGCCUGUACAGAGCCGCACGUGACAAUGUUUCGGACCUUCCAAGAUUUUAUCUCGGUAUAUCUGUGGACAAACUGUAUAUCGAUCAACCAUUGCCUGUAUCACAGCUUUGGUUGUCUUUCUUUUUCUUUCUCUUGUUACUAAUAUGCGAUAACCAAGUGUAAGAAAUGUAGCCGCGGCUUCCUAUACAUAUUACUACAAAAAAAGAAUUAUACAUACAUCUAUAAAUACUAUACAUAUUAUACAUAAAUCUACACAUGAAUAAAAUAUCUUUCCUUCUGUA